CCGGCCGUAGCGUGCGGAUCCUCCCGGGGACGACAGAAUCUCCCCUCGACAACGACGCGAUCUCAACUCGAACUCGAACCUUAGCAACAUGGCAGCAGCGGCAUCAACAUCGACGAUGGUGACGACGGCGGCGGGGAACUGGCGUUGGUCACUGUUGCUAGUGCUGGCUGCGAUCGUCGGAUUACGGUUAGAUACGAGCAGCACCAACAGUGCGGUGUCCGCUGCACCGAUGCGAGGAGCACGCGAGUUGGGAACGGGAUGUCCUCGGGGUGCGCCCGAUCUGUCCGAUUGCGUUGGUACGUACGUGCAGCAGUUCGUCAACUUCAUGUCGAGCGGCAAGUUGACGCCACGCCACUGGAUCACACCCUUCGAUCCGUUGCAUCUGCCCAACAUGACGAUCUUCCAGCGCAAGGACAUGCAGACGAAGGCGCUCUACGUUAAUCGUUACCUCGUCGGACUGAAGAACACCUUAAUCCAGGAUGUGAAAGUGGACUUGGAUAAGCUGGAGUUCAACGUGACGGCACUACUUCCAUCCCUUGAGGUGCUGGGUAUGUUCUCGUCCGCUGGCCGCGAAAGCGAUCUUCUGACGGAGAACUCGAUCCGGACUUUUUCACUUCGUAACACAGUGAUUGAUCUGGUGGGUAAAGGAUCGAUCUACACACCAACCGGUAGCCAGUCACCGCAUCAGCAGCUUCUCUGGCUACAGUUCGACAUCCACUACAUGUCGAUCGCGAGUUACGUCAUGAGUGAUCACUUCGGAACGGAACCAACGCGGCCACCGAUCGACGAGAUUCCACCAAUGGACGAAGACUACUGGGUUUCGGACAGUGCGGACAGUAAUGGUAGCAGCGGCGCGAGUGGCAGCAGCAGCAGCAACAGCAACACCAGCGGGAGUGGCCAUCGUUCCCUCAUCACACCCGCCAGAUUCAUGAAGCUGAUGGAGAAGGACCUGCGAGUACAGCUCAUCCGGCGGCUGCAGUACAUCGCUAACGAGGCGCUACAGUUGGCGCCAUUCGGUCAGCUCUUUCCCGUUUGACCGCCAGCGACCACCACCACCACAACCAUCUCCAACGCCUCCAUCGUCGUCGAUCACCCCGUCCUUCCUUCCUUCCUUCCACCAUCCUUUCUCUUCGCUUCGUUUAGCGUUUAAGUUGCAGGCGAAUAAAACCAGAAAAAGAAGA